ACACAUAUAAGAGAGAGAUAUAUAUUCUCCCCUCCUCUAUCCCCUCUCCAAACAACCAACUCUCUCUCUCUCUACCGGCCAUCGGGAAAUCUCAACCGCCGGCCAAAACCUCCAUUCUACUCCCUCGCUUUUGUGAUAAGAUCAACAACCGAAAUGGCUAUUACAGGAAGAGAUAUAGAUCGAAUCAAAGGUCCAUGGAGCCCCGAGGAAGACGACAAGCUCCAGCGCCUCGUCGAGAAGCACGGCCCGCGGAACUGGUCGCUGAUCAGCAAGUCGAUCCCCGGCCGAUCGGGGAAAUCCUGCCGACUUCGGUGGUGCAAUCAGCUCUCGCCGCAGGUCGAGCACCGCGCCUUCACGGCGGAGGAGGACGACACGAUCGUCCGGGCCCACGCUCGGUUUGGGAACAAGUGGGCGACGAUCGCCCGCCUCCUCCAGGGCCGCACCGACAACGCCAUCAAGAACCACUGGAACUCCACGCUCAAGAGGAAGUGCUCUUCCUCCUCUUCCGCGUCGGACGGCGGCGGCGGGGAAGGAGGGUACGAUGGUAAUUUGGGGGAUUGCUGCCAGCCGUUGAAGAGGUCGAUGAGUGCGGGAUCCGGUGCGCCCGUCUUCACGGGAGUUAGCAUGAACCCCGGGAGUCCAUCUGGAUCUGACGUCAGCGACUAUUCCAGCGUGCCAACUGCGCCUCCUGUUUUAUCCGCCGCUCCUGCCCCGCACGUGUUCAGGCCCGUGCCGAGAACCGGCGGGGUGGUCCCACCGGCCGAAGCUACGGCCGCCGCUGCGACGGCGUCGUGUAGCAGCAGAAACGAAGACCCGCCCACUUCCUUGUGUCUGUCCCUCCCAGGGACCGAUUUUUCCUCCGACGCCGCCUCGACCCCUCGAGUUCCCGAGCCAACUCACAAUCAUCAUCAUCAGGCCGCUACUACUGCCAUGGCACUGUUGCCGCCGAUGAUACCUCCGGCGCCAAUCACCGUUCCGGCAUCGGCGAAUAAUCUAGUGGUGGAGCCGUCCGGGUCAGGGAUUGUGGGUUUGGGCUCGGAGUUCAUGGCGGUGAUGCAGGAGAUGAUAAAGAGGGAGGUCCGGACAUAUAUGAUGGAGCAGAGGCAGAUUGGUGGUGGUGGCGGCGGCGUCGGUGGUGGUGGGGGUGUUGGAAUGUGUUUCCAGGCGGCGGCAGGCAGUGGGUUCAGGAGUGUUACAGCGGCGGUGAAUAGGGUUGGGGUGGGUAAAAUUGAGUAGAGUGAUUAGUCAGAAAGAAUCCAAGAACUGGACGUAGUUGGUGGGAAAGAAGAUGGGAGGGGGUUGUUUCUUGUUGUUGUUUGGGGAGUAGGGGAAUAAUUUUUGAAGGCCAUUGUACAGAGGAAAAUGGAAGAGAUGGAUGAGGUAAAACAAGGAAGCUGGGGAAUAGUUGCAGAAGAAAGUUAAAAAUCCAGAUAUAUAUAAAUAUAAAUAUAAUAUGUAUGUUAGGUUAAAAGUUGGCAUAUGAAUGGCAUGGCAGCAGAGAUGCGACGAUGGGGAGCCAAAGGAUUUCUCACCCAAUUCAAUGAUGAAGAGAAACACAAACAUGUCUUGUGAGAUUUGGGGCGAAAGUGGUAAGGAAGAGAAACCCUACCACCUCAUGAAAUGAAAGCAAUUUCAAAUUGAAAACUCUGAGACUAUUAGGCAAUUUCUAGAUUUGUUCAUCCAUUAUUGCUCUUCAUCAGAAAUUGCAAACUGCAAUCACUCCCAUGUCCAAAAUAUGCUUCUCUAUUAUUACCCGUCAAAGGUCAAUUGUGAAGGGGAACGAACGUUAACUAUGGUUGGUUGGGGAGGUGGUUUGGCAGUUUUAGUUGCGAGAAAGAUCUGGAAACUUUGUGUAUUAUUAAUGAGAGAUGGAAAACGGAAAACGAAGCAAGUUUGGAAGAGGAACACGAUUUCUUCCCGUGGUGGGGCGGUCGACGGGCCCCACAGCGCCAAAGGAGUAGGCAGGCAAAUUGGCAGUUACACAAAACACACGCUUCUUUCUCUCUUUCUCCUCCUUGUUCGAUUUCUGUUACGCCAUCAAUUUGUAACGAAGCAAAACUGAAAUUGAUCUGCCAACUAUACAUCUUCUUUCUUUCUUCUGCCUACAACGUCCAGAAAAAAGUCAAAAGAUAAUCACACCAAGUGGCACUCGGGAAAGCAAGACGAGACGACUCUUUCAUUUACAAUUUUUUUUAAUAUCUAUAAUAAUAAUAAUAAUAUAAACCUAUCCAACAAAACUAAAAUGUUUGUGCACGU